AUGCAGAGAUGGUGCUCCAAACUCCGGGCAAUCUAUUCGACGCUGCAAUCACCGGCGAAGCCGCAGAAUCCUUAUUCACUCACCUCGAUAUCUCGUCGUUCCCUUCACAUUUCGCCUAAUUUGAUCAAUAAAUCCCCUUCCUGUUCUUCUGUUCUCCCCCAAUUCAAAUCCCUCCGAAAUGCCCUGGAAAUUCCAUGCCCUUCAACGUCUCCUCUAGCUCUCUCUUUUCUUCAAGUGCGCCACAUUACAGCAAAACAGAAGGAACGGAAGUUAAAGAGUAGGAAGCCCAUGACUCCGAUCGUAUCCAAAGUGAAGAAAAUCAAAAUGAAAUUUUACUCGUCAUUUAAAGGAAGGUUUAGAGUUAUGAAUGAUGGGCAGAUAAGGCGUUGGAAGGAAGGGAAACGACAUAAUGCACAUUUAAAGUCUAAGAAAGCAAGGCGUAGACUGAGGAAGCCUGGUACUGUCCCUUUGGCUUAUGCAAAAGUGAUGAAGAAACUCAACUUCAAAGGCUGA